CGUGUCAGAUGUACAGAAAGUGAACUGCAGAAAGUGAACAAAAAUGUACUCAGUGGUGAAAUUUAUUUUAUGCAUUGUGCUCAUGUGCAUUAGUCUAGGGGAAACGAUAUUCGUCAUGGGGCCAAAGUCGAUUCGAUCAAAUCGAGAGUAUACCCUGGUGGCCAGUAAUGUAUUUGGUGAUAACAGAAGCGAUUGUUUGUUAAACGUACGCCUGCAAGGACUAGCUUCUAAUGGUAGUUCCCAGCUUAAUCUCUCGCAAACAGUGUUUGUGCAGCAAGAUACUAACAAGAUCGUAACAUUUAAAGUACCAAGUCUCUCAUUAGGAGUUCAUUACUCGAUAACUAUUGAAGGAAAACAACCUUCUACCAGCUCUAGCGUUAACAUUGAUCAGGAAGUUGAGCUUAAGUAUCGGCGCUCUUCUGUUACCGGGUUGAUACAGCUAAAUAAACCUGUCUUUAGACCAGACGACAUUUUAAAACUCCGAGUGAUCGUAAUCGAUGCCGAUCUUAAGCCUCUGCCGCACGGAUCGCGUGUGUCCGUUUACGUGGAUGAUCCCUUUGAACAUUUUUUCCGGGAAUGGACCAAUGUUAGCCUUACCGGAGGAGUGUUUGAAGCACAAAUCUCAAUUCCUACACUACCGUUACUGGGUACUUAUCGCAUUGAAGCAAUGGCAAAUGGUGAAUUUUUGACAUUGAAAACAUUCGAAGUGAGGGAUUACGAGUUGUACUCGAUUGGUUUGAAUAUCUAUCCGACAGUUGUGCCUUUUGUACAGCAUCAGGCGCUUAAUCUUACUGUAAAAGUUAAAAAUGAUUUGGGAAUACCAAUCAGUGGUACAAUGAAGAUCGAUCUCUUUCUAGAAAAAGAUAAGUUAGAUUCUUCCAGUACAUGGGAUGUCAAUGGAAUACGACAAGUCUACCUUCCUUUCACUGAAAAACUGGUUGGACUCGAGCAUACGCAUGACGUGCUGCUGAACAUCACAUUUACCGAGCAACAUACGAAUCGUACUACUACUAAACACCACAGGAUAACGGUAUACAAUUACAAAUACAAAGUGAUGCACAUCUCAAGACUCACGUACCGUGCUGGAUCGCCAUUCACCGCGACUCUGAAAGUGACUCAUCUUAACAAUGCACCAGCAAAUAACGUUACCUUGAUUGUUGAAAUUGGUGGUACAGGAGGAUUUUCUGGCCGAAGUUUCACAACUAAUACGACCGGUUACAUUACAAUCUUUAUAGAGACAAAUGAAACAACGAAACUGAACUACUUACGAGUGUUAGAAGGCAAUAAUCUGAAACUAAAUAAGCCGAUUUAUCAGCUAAAAAGCACAUCCGAUAUGUUCAUCGAAGUAAAGCUUCUGACGCGGUAUACAUUUAUUGAUAUAAAACAGAUCGAUUGA